UUUGAAUGUCUCGAAUAUGGAGCCGUCUUCGGUAUUCCAGAUCUCGUCUACAUGUCUAUGACUGAUCCUCCAGUAUGACGUUCCAGGUUGAUCAUCAAUAUACAGAUUCUGAGCUAUAGAUCUAGAAUAUGAAAGCCGAGUACAAUCCAACUGAUAGUCAUACACUGUGCGAUCUCAUCUUUGUUCGACCCUUAUUAGGUGACACAAUGGCAGCAACCCAAAACAGCCCAGAAGGUUUAUUUAUUGCAUACAGAAAGACCUAUAUGUAUUGCAGGGUCUUGCGCGGCAGCGUGUCUUAUGUCCUGCUCCAGUAUGUCAUGUUUGAUUUGACUUAGAAGACAUUUAUACCUGCCACGUCCGGGAUCAAUCUAUACCCAUUGGCGGGGUUUGACAUGUUACUGGCUCGUUGGCAUUGACUUAAUGUGUUUUCAUAAAGCAUCGACAAGAUACUGGUAGAUGUAAAGGUACAUCACCGUCUUCUAUAGUAUAUAUUGAGCGCAUGGAUUCCUGAACGUUCGUCUUUAUGUUGAGCUGUGCUCCAAAUGCCUUGCCUUCGGUCACCAUAAGCCAACAUGGACAGGAGAAUUCGCAAGAGCCCAAUAUCAU